CGUUGGCUAGUUUUUUGGGAGGGAGGGUGGAAAGAUGAUAGUGAGGACGAGAACAGGCAGCAGGAGUCCACUUGAAAUCGCAAGUGGUUUACUCUUGCAGGAUGUGUGAGCCAGCACCAUCGUUUGCCUCUUUCCUUCAUGGGCAAGCGUCUCCAGUGGCUUGUCCUUUGGUUCGGAAGUCUGGUGGUUGUUGACUUGGGCUUGACUUCAUUUUGCAUCUAGACUGACAAGGAAAUCAGAGAAGCAUGGGUUGUAGGGACAGAUGGAAACCCUUGUGAAGCUGAACAGUUGCAACUUGGACACCAUGAUGAUUUGCAGGGCAAAAACUGCACCACUCUUCGCUUGAGCUGCUAGCCUCACAAUUUUUGUGCUCUUCCAGGAGGAAGUUGAUGUCAGCAGAACUGAGCAUAGUUCGCAUUCCAGACUCGUGGCAGGCCACCUGCAGAGCCUCCCCUGUGGACGUCAUGGCCAUAGUGCAGACCCUGCCUGUCUCCAUUGAGUCGGUCUCUGAAGGGGCUGCCCCGCUCCACGCUGGUGCCUGCUCGUCUCCUGCAGCCAUGGGCAGUGUCAGUAGCCUCAUCUCAGGCCGGCCUUGCCACAAAGCCACCACGGAGUUUGGCCCUUUCCGCCUGCCUGGUGGUGCUGGCUCCCAAGAGCCCCUGUGCCACGGGCUUCCCCCCAAGAAGAGCAGCUACACGUAUGCCAGUGAAGAGGACUGGGCUGAGGCCGUCUCUCCCAUCAGCCCCUGCAGUGAUGCCGAGGACCUGCAGGAUGACAAGCCCCGGGUAGGCACCAUCCGGGGACCACCCCCCAAGUUGGUGCCUGUCUCAGGGAAACUUGAGAAGAACAUUGAGAAGACUCUCAUCCGCCCAACGGCCUUCAAGCCGGUCGUGCCCAAGAACCGCAAUCCCCCGCUGCAGGGACACUUGGCGCUGCGCCCUGGCGCCUCGGUGCUCUCCGAGAGCCAAGCUAGUCUUGCCCAGCUCUUCAGCGGCCCUUCUGCAGGCAACACCGAGAAACACAACUCCCUGAGUUGCCGCACCAGCUCCCAUUCCGGAACAAUGUCAGACUCGGGACGCAACUCCCUCUCCAGCUUGCCCACCUACAGUACUGGUUGCAGCCAGCAGAUGGAGCCAGUCAGCAUCUCCAUGGGCCACAUAAACCUCGACAGCCACGGCAGCGGCAGUUCACGGGGCCUCACUGGCCCGUCCAACUCGGACAGCGGGCGCUCAUCGUCGAGCAAGAGUACGGGCUCUCUGAGUGGCCGUGGGCACCCUUCCUCUGACAGCGGCUCCUGUGGCGGGCGCUCACCUGUGCACAGUGGCGCUGAUGAUGCCCUGCUUGUCCAUGAACUUGAGGAGAAGCUGAGGGAGCGUGAAGCUGAGCUGCAGCAUCUGAGGGAGAGCUUGGAUGAGAAUGAGGUGGCCAUCUGCCAGGUCUAUGAGGAGAAGCAGAGGCGCUGUGAGGAGGAGAUGGCAGAGCUGCGGCAGGGCUACACGGCCAAGCUGCAGCAGGCAGCCCAGAAGGCUCAGCGCAGCCAGCAGGUGCUGCAGCUCCAGAUCUUCCAGCUGCAGCAGGAGAAGAAGAAACUGCAAGAGGAUUUUGCCCAGCUGCUGGCAGAACGUGAACUGCUGGAGAAACGCUGCGCCUCCUUUGAGCGGGAGCACACCGAGCUGGGGCCCCGGUUGGAGGAGACCAAAUGGGAGGUGUGCCAGAAGUCAGGCGAGAUCUCGCUCCUCAAGCAGCAGCUGAAGGAGUCUCAGGCAGAGGUGGCGCAGCGGGGCAACGAGCUGGUGCUCCUAAGAGCGCAGCUGCGAGAAGCCCGGGCGGAACUGCAGGCUGGCGAGGAGCAGGCGGUGGGCUUGCAGGAGGUGGCCCGCACCAAAGCCCUGGAGCUGGAGGUCUGCGCCAAUGAGCUGGCCCGGCGCAAGAGUGAGGCUGAGCUGCUGCGGGAGAAGGUGGGGCGGCUGGAGCGUGAACUGGAUGGGCUGCGCAGCGCGGCCGGGGAACUCUGCCCCCUGCUGGCCGAGUGCGACGAGGCAAAAGCCCAACGUCAAGCUGCAGAUUCCUUGCAGGGCUUGCGGGCCCAGGCGGAGCGGCUGCGCAUGGAGCUGCUGUGCGAGCGGCAGCAUGGCGAAGAGCAGCGGGAGGCCUUCCACGCUGAGCGCCUCACCUGGCAAGGGGAAAAGGACAGGGUCAUCCGCUAUCAGAAGCAGCUGCAGCACAACUAUAUCCAGAUGUACCGGCACAACCGUGACUUGGAGCGCCAGUUGCGCCAGCUCAGUCUUGAACUCGAGGCCCGGGACCUGGAUGAGUAUGAGAUGCACGGGGGCGAAGGAAUCUGCUUUGAGGAGAUUGCCGCCACUGAGAUCUGAGCGUGUGCAGUGGGAGCCCAGCAAAGGGGCUACACUGUCCCAAUUUGAUACUGGCCCCUGAGAUUGGAGCGUGCUCACUGGGGACUCCAUCCUGCCUUGAGAAUGGAGUGUGCCUGAGACUCAUGGAGGGAACCUCCUCCUGGAGAGCAUGGUCAUUGUUCCCAGUGGGUAGCGCUUGUUCCACUCUCUUAACGUGGCUGGGGGCCCAGUACGAGCCCCUCCAGCUCAAAAGAUUUCACUGCCAUUGAGAUUUGACUAGGGCUGCUUGAGGCCAGGCAGCUUGGCCUGAUCCAACAAGGGUGGGGAAGCUGACAAAGGGUUUCCAGCAGUAUUUUCCAGACCUGCCUUGGAAGAGAGAGUGGCCAGCCUCUCAAUGCCCCUUUCCUCCCCUUGGAAAGUCCCAGCAGCUCUAUCCCCCCUUUGCUCUGGCUGCUUGCAGAGGCCGUUCUUGAAUGCUGUAGCCCUCUAGGCCCUGGCCUCAUAUUAGGAAGCCUGCUGUUGUGGAAAUGGAUACCAUCGUUUGCCUCCCACUCAUGGGCUGGGGAGGCACUCAAGGCCCUGGGAGUGGGAUGGCCAAAGGUGUGCUUCUCUCUGCUUCCACGGAGUAACCCAGUUGGCCCUCAGCUGCCACUGGCUGGAAAUUGGGCUGAGUUGUCUAUGCGUUGACAGCCAAUUAGCUGCUGAGCCACUUAGUUGAUGGGAUGGAAUUAGCAUCACCUGGUUUUAGGCUGGCUGGAGAAGCUUUUAUACAGGAGGCUCUUCUCUGACCUUUGGCCUGGCCCUGGGCUGUGUGCACUCUGUGCUAAAUAAUCAGCAUUCUGCGCGAUGACAAGCCAAAUUCUGUGAUCAAGUAACUUUGGAUAUAAUUGCUUAUUUUGCAUAGUUUGUAUUGCUCCCAAAAGUCCGGAAGAGGAAGGAGCUUUGCAGGACAUUAAAGCCCUACCCGCUGACAGUGGAAAAUUUGUUAGGCUCCCUCUGGUGCUGGAGACGUGGGCAUUGCCCAAGUGUAUCUUUGCAGCCAGGAGGGCAAGACGUACUCCUAAAACAUUAAAAAGAAGACCAAAACUGAUUCUCAGGAUGCUGAAUUCCAGUCCCAGAGUCUGUGUCUUUUCUGUGUUUGUGUGGAAUUGCAGAAUACAUGCACUCCUGGCCCAAUCUCGCCCAAAGCGUAGUGGGAAGAUCCUGUGCCAAGCCUUUCAAGAGACAGCCUGCUGUCUCCUACGCUGUGGGAACCCAGUGUCCCUGAGCGUCCUUCUUCCAGCAAGGCUAAACUGCCAUACUUGGGCUUCUGGGUCUGCAGCUGUAUGGUAAUACUAUGUGUUCUUACCUCAAGGGGACCAGCGGGGCUGGCUACAGAGGUUGCACCUGUGGCAGUUCAUUCAGACUGUCUCCACACUUGGGGCACUGCUAGGUUCCUGCCUCACCCUCAUUUCUGUGAUACCAAAAGGAUUAUUUUUAUAAGAUGGAUGCCAAAUGCUUGAGCUCUACCUGUGUGGCUGGGAGUGCCCUGAAUUCUGUUUCUUAGGGGCUGGAGAUGCCUCUGCCCUUCCCACGUUGUCAUAUUCUUGAAGUUGCUCCUUGCCAGUCCCUCCUCUGCCCCUCCCCUGGGGACUCUCUGCUGCAUGGGGGCAUGCUCUGUCCUCCCCCCGCCCACCCCCGCCUUGCUUGCCUUUGCUGCUUCUGCUUGGGAACCCAUUUGAGAGUGCCUUUCCUUUGGCCUUGCUGCCUGGGUCUUCCUUCCUCUCUGCCCAGCCCUCCUCCAGCAUGUGCUCUUCUGCCCAGCCCUAACCCUCUUCUGCAGGAUCCCUGAUUGCCCAAGGGUCUACAGAGUCAGAGUUUAUAUGUGACCCCUUCUUUGCCAUAUCCCUCUGGUUUUCCUCUCAGGCCUAACUGGCAGAAUGCCCUGCUGGGUGCUGGUGCUGGCUUUCCUUUAGAUCAGGGGUUCCCAACAACCCUCAGAGGCCAUUGUGGCAGGGGAUGAUGGGAGUUGUCGUUCAACACCAUCUGGGAAACCAAGGUUAGGAACUUCUGCCUUAGAUGAUAUGGGUGGGCUGGUGAGCAUAGUGUCCCAGAAGCUCCAGGUGCUCCUCUCCACCUCCAUCCCAUAGCUCCCUGAUUUAGCUUUUUACACAUCAGGUCCUGUUCUCAAUCUAGCCUGCUCUCUAGAGGGCGCAGUGCUCUGCAAUCCACCUCUUGCUGUGGCUGGCUUAAGAGUAACUGAACAUCAGCACUGCUCUAUCCAGUCCACUGAAGUCCUCAAGGCCACUCCUUUCAAUUCUGCGCCUGCAUCUGUGCCAUUUACUGGCAAUUUUGGAGCUGGAGGAAUUCAGUCAGUGCCCUAUCUCCCACCCCUUGCCCUCCUCUUCAAGUGAUCUGUGAGCUUUUCUGUGGAUGUCUUCAGAGGAUAGCAUUCAGAGGAUAGCAUUAUCUUCAGAGGAUAGCAUUCCUAUUUGUGGAAGAUGGUGCUAGUCUCUUUGAUUGCUGUGGAAAUCCUUCCUGCUCACUAGAGGGCUAUAGUGCUCACUAGCUUUUUCGGCUAUAUUUUAAAAGGGAGCUUUCUAGAUCCCUCUCUUUACCCGGUAAUGUAUGCUUAGGAGAAAGGACAGUCUACUUUCUGGGUGCAUUAAAGCCAUUUCCAGAGGAAGUUGAUUGAGUGGCUCGACAAAACAGCCUUGUAAUCUGCAAGACCAUAAGGUCUCUCUGCUGAACAGGUGCAGCCUUUUCCUACAGACUGGUUAGGCAGGGAAAAUGCAUAUCCCUGUUGUCUCCAGGAGGCUGAAGAGAGGAGCUAGCUUGGCACACAAAUGGCUGAACAGUGGGGUCUCAGAACAGGAAAGGGUUUUCACUCUGGCCCAUGGGAGAGCCAGAGAGCUGGGCAACUGUUGCUCAGAAGUCCAUGCUAUCUCACCUGCCCCGUCACCAGAGUUCCCCCAUGUACAGCUAGUGCUUGAUGUGCCCACUAUGCCAGGCUGGUUUGAUAUCAUUGGCCCGUUCCCUGCAGCUGUGUAAGUACUGAACAAGGAAGCAACUCCUAGAAUGGCAGUGGUCUGGGUGCAAAGCCCAGUAUAGUUUGGCAUCCUGUUUGGGCCACUCUGAGCACGGCAGCACCACUGGUGGGGAAGGGACUUCCUGAUAUCUGCCAGUCUGGGCUAAUCUUGGCUUCAGCUCCUCCUCCUGCAUGCAAAAGGACCAGACUUGGGAUUUGCAGAGGGGGGUGGCAGUGGGGGGAGUGCAUUCCAGCUCUUUGGAGUUCUGGACUGCUUGCAGUGAGAGCUUCCAGCUUUCCUGCUAACUUACGAGAUUCUGCGCAUUCCAAAAGAAGAGGCAACCUCUGCCACCCCUGGCCUUUCUUGCCCUACUGCCCGUGGCGAUGGGAGUGUGUGGGGACACAUACACAUCACUAGACCAAAGGAAAAGCUUGGUGCAUGUCAUUUCUGUGACUGUUGAUUAUCUGCCCCCUCCUCACCACUUUUGGCACCAUUUUGUGUUUUUCUUUAUUUCUUUAUUUCUGAAACUGUAUAUUUUUCCAAGCUGUGUAAAUUUAUUGUACAAACCUAAAGAAAUGUGUGAAUUAAAAAAAAAGAAAAAGAAAAAAGA